AUGAGUGCUAUUGACGAAGAAAACAUCCAGGGCGUCCACGAGCUCGAGGUUGGCGAGGCCAAGCCGAGCUCGACUGGCGCGACCAACACUUCGGACAAUGAUUCCAAGAAGAAGAUGCUGAUUAUUGUGGCGGCCGUCAUUUGCGGUCUCGUUGUGGUUGGUGCUAUCAUUGGCGGUACUGUGGCUGGUGUGGAGGCCAACAAGAAGUCGUCGUCGUCGGCCUCGGCCCCAGCCAUGAUUGCUGGCAACGGGCGUGGUGUCAAGGCUGCGCCGGACCGGACCUCGGUGGUCACUACCCAGAACUCGGGCGCUCGUCGGCGCUCGGUCCGCGACGUCGACCCGGUCAUGGUGGCGCACGCCAUGGACGCGCUUGCGACAACCCCCAUGGGCGAUAUCUUUGCUGCACUCGCCUUUAACGACCCGGGCACCGACUACUCCAACGCCGCGCAAAGCUUCUCGGUGUACCACCCGGCUACCCAGCCGCUCGAUUCGAUCAACACUGUUCUGUGCAUCAUCGACCAGAUGCGUGUCCAGCAAUUUGUCAACCAGGGUCAGUACGUGGCGCUUGUCGACGAGGCAAAGUGCUCGCCGCAGAGUGGCUCGUCCGGCGGCGGCUCGUCCGGCGGCUCGUCCGGCGGCUCGUCCGGCGGCAAUUCGGGCGUCUCGUACACCCGCACCGUCAACGUCGCCACUCGUGUCGACGACAACUCGGACCAGCUCCUGGCUUCGUGGUACGGGACUAGUGAGCAGCUUGUUCGCAUCUUCCUGCGCACCAUCGAGUCGCCGUCGCCGCGCAACCCGUUCGGCGAUUUUGUUCUCUCGUACAAGAUGAAGGGCGACGCACCGUUCCUUGGCCGCAUGGAGGCCCGUGCCUCGAUCCGCACUAUCAACGUGCCUUCGGGCGUCGCUUUCGACUUUUUCAUCGAGCUUGUUGUCUUCACCUCGGCCGGCCCCGUCCCCAUGGUCUCGUCGGCCGCCGUCGUCUCGUUUGACCCAUUCACCGAUUCGGGCACGGCCUGGGUUGUCGACCGCUCCUCGUCCACAAUGGGCGGAUCAUCGUCUGGUGCGGUGUCUGGCUCGUUCUCCAGCUCCACCUCGGGCAGCUCGGUGUCGUCGUCGGCCGGCUCGUCCGAGACCUGGUAUGCCCUCGCCUACGACGCCACCUACGCCAUCUUCCAGGAGGGCACGUCGCAGGCCGAUGUUCCACUCGACUCGCUCUCGGGCCAGUGCCUCAACCUCGCCAACGAGCGCGAGUUCCCGUGGCAGUACGGCCUGUACCGGGUUGACACUGGUGCCGAGGUCAAGCUCAACACUGGCUUCUCGUUCACUUUUGACGCCCCGCCGGGCGUCACUGUUCCGCCGCUGCCCGGCCAGGAGGCUGAGUCCGGAAGCAGCAGCUCGUCGACUCGCAAACUCAUGGGCUUUGUUGGUAACUGGGGCAUGUGGACCGAGCUCGGCUACGACGUCCAGAUCCCCGAUGGUACUAUCAUCACGCGUCAGGAUUUCUCUGGCUCGGGUUCAGGCACGCCGACUACCUACGCUGUCGCGACCAAGACCUCCAAGAUUGUGCGUGAGCGAGUCAUCCAGAAGCCGCUCACUGAGAUCACCAAGCUCAAGUUUUCGUACUACCAGUCGUCGCGCUCGCGUUCCGUCAACAUCCAGUACAAGCUCACGCCGUCGCCCGGCUGGUACGCCGUCGAGAUCGAGUCGUACUCGGCGGCCGCGCCGUCGCCCAUCUCUCCGCCCGAGGCCGUCACCGACACUUCGCUUUUCCUCUACUCGCAGAUGCUUGGAGGCUCGGUCGUCUGGUACUCGCCUGACAGCUUUGUCACCUUUUACACCAGAGAGGAUACUCUUUACUGUCUCCGCGACUGCCCCAAGGCCACCGUCUCGUCGAGCGACCUCACAACGUAUGACGGCGCGUACCUGCCGAACCCGACCUCGGUCGCCAACGCCAUCGAGUACACGCUCGACCCGGCCGAUGGCAUCGUCCGCCUUGGCGGCGUGGCCGUCGGCUUUGGCUCCGGCGUCGACCUUGAGGCAUCUGGCGUCUCGUUCCGCUACCGCUACUCUGGCGUCGAGUCGGGCGUGAUGGUGACCAACCGCACCGGCCUCACAUCGGUUUCCGAUGCCACUUCGCGCCCCGGUGCCGAGACCUACACCUUUGCCUUUGGCCUGCCCAAGUUCUCACAGGUGGUCGUCGUCCGCGACGCCGCCGGCGCCGUCGUCACCUUUGACCAGCCGCUGCAGUUCUCGUACACCCACUCGACCGCCUAUGACCGCAACGGUGACGCGUCCAACGACGGUGUCCCGGCGCUGCUCAACUACGGUGGCACGGGCGAUCUUUGGGGCAUUCCCUGGGAGCAGGUCGAUUCGAACGGCGACGGUGUGCCCGACCGCUUUGCCCCGGCGUUUGCCAUCAAGGACGGCACACCUGUCGGCGGCGACUACGUCAUCAAGGGCCUCUUUGGCGACAUUGUCCUUGGCGCCGCCACCGUCAACGAGUGCCAGUCCGCCGGUGUCGCCGUCUCGGCGCCCAUCCGCCCCGUUCCCAACUCGUACCGCGGCGAGGCCAUCUUCCCCCACGAGACCGCACCCAUCCCCGAGAUCGCCGACGAUCCCAAGGUUGUUGGUGGUGUUGUUCAGGUCUAA